AGGCGAGUAACUAUCUAUACAUAGUUAUAAGUAAAUCUAAAUACUGAAUCGACAUUGGCUUAGCUUUCCAAUAGCGGUUUGAGCAAUCGUCACCACGGCCAAAUCACCUGUUGCAGUAUUGAUGUCUAAUUAAUUCCGGACGGAUAUCGAGCUACGUGAGCCGGUUGUAACGAGGUUCAACGCCCCCGCACACCACUGUUGUCAACGCCCGCUAGCCGCACACCACUGGUGUCUUUGUCGUCACGCCACCAUGAUCCUACCCGCUCUAGUGUCUCUGGCCAUGAUAGCCCUGGUGAGCAGCAAGGUGUACGAGAGGUGCGAGUUAGUGAGGGAGUUAUCUCAACCCAAACACCGUAUACCACCGGGAGACCUCGCCACCUGGGUGUGCAUCGCCGAGCACGAGUCUCGCUACAACACUUCCGCCGUGGGUCGCCUCAACGCUGACAUGAGUGGCGACCACGGGCUGUUCCAGAUCAGCGACCGCUACUGGUGCUCGCCCCCGGGCUCGGGAUUGGCCUGCGGACUCAACUGCGAUCAGCUGGAGGACGAUGACAUCGCUGACGACGUAGUGUGCGCUCGCAGGAUCUACCGGGCUCACAAGCGCCGCACAGGGGACGGGUUCGCCGCCUGGGCUGUUUACAAGCCGCACUGCAGUGGGGAUGUGUCUGAGUAUACAGAGUGCGACGACGAGAUUACCACUGAUGAAGCUGACACUCAAAGUAAAUAGGUAGCUCUUAGUUAACAUGCUGUUAAAAUUACAUCAAUCCACUGAGAGAUAACUUUUUUAAAUAAACCAUUUAU